GAGCUGCAGCUACUUCCGGACGUACAAGCUGCUAGUUGUGAAGAGUGAAAUUCAUAUUCGAACUGAGAGUCUUUUAUACAGAGAGAUAACUUUGUGGAGAAGAGUUUCCCCCAUUUUGUUAUGUACGAUUUGUUUUUAAAUGUGAGAUUUUUUUCCCAGCUCAUUGGAAGACGUAAAUUAUUUUCGUCUCUCAGAACACAGAAGCAGCUUCGUGUUCUUUUGCUCUCCUCUGGAGAAUGAAGGUGUCCGGACUGCGGAGCUUGAAAGCUUCAAGCAGCGGCUGUUAGUUGGUGUCGACGAUCAUCUGCUGCCGAGGUUUCACAUCUUCAUCGGCUGUAAACGACAGACGGAACGGAAGAGGAUCCUACUGGAGAUGGAGACCGAGAGAGCAGGACCAGGAAACAGGAGAGGCCAAACACAGAACAAUGCUGGAACCUCAGAUGAAGAAACAAAAGGGAGGGACGACAUUGGAUACACACGUGUUACAUCAGAACCAGCUGGCGACUUGGAUGCACCUCUCCAUCCUGACCACCAGAUGUCAUUGUCUUCUGGCUCAGACACUGAUGACAGUGAAGACUGGAGAGAAACCAGUGACUUUCAGUCAGAUUUCAACUCUGUUGAGGAGCCACACGUUGAUGUCAGAGAGGAGACAGAUGCUGAUCACAAAUCACUGAUCUGCUCCGGAAGUGGAGAGAAAUGCCUCACAAAGGCUGGACUGACUGAAGACAGGAAAUCCUGCGGUGGACCUUCCGCUUGUUUUCUUUAUGGGAAACGUUUUGAAAAGAGAUGGAUUCUGAGGAAGCACAUGAAAAUCCACACUGAAGAAAAGCCUUUCACCUGCUCCCUGUGUGGAAAGUGUUUUUCACUGAAAUAUAAUCUGAAACGUCACAUGAAUAUUCACACUGGAGAAAAGCCUUUCAUCUGCUCCCAGUGUGGAAAUCGAUUUUCACAGAAAUAUCAUCUGAAAAGUCACAUGAGAAAUCACACUGGAGAAAAGCCUUUCAUCUGCACCCAGUGUGGAAAAUGUUUUUCAGAUGAAUGUCACCUGAAUAGUCACAUGAGAAUUCACACUGGAGAAAAGCCUUUCAUCUGUUCCCAGUGUGGUAAAAGUUUUUCACGAAAAGAUAACCUGAAAAGUCAUAUGCGAAUUCACACUAGAGAAAAGCCUUUCAUCUGCUCCCAGUGUGGAAAAUGUUUUUCACAGAAAUCUCAACUGAAUAUUCACAUGAGAAUUCACACUGGAGAAAAGCCUUUCAUCUGUUCCCAGUGUGCCAAAUGUUUUUCACAGAAAUCUCAACUGAAAAGUCAUAUGAGAAUACACACUGGAGAAAAGCCUUUCAUCUGCUCACAAUGUGGAAAAUGUUUUUCACACAAAGAUGGCCUCAUUGGUCACAUGAGAACUCACUCUGGAGAAAAGCCUUUCAUCUGCUCCCAGUGUCGAAAAUGUUUUUCACGUGAAUUUCACCUAAAUAGUCACAUGAGAGUUCACACUGGAGAAAAGCCUUUCAUCUGCUCCCAGUGUGGAAAAUGCUUUUCACUAAAAGAUACCCUCAUUGGUCACAUGAGAAUUCACACUGGAGAAAAGCCUUUCAUAUGCUCCCAGUGUGGAAAAUGUUUUUCGCAGAAAUCUCCCCUGAAUAGUCACAUGAGAAUUCACUCUGGAGAAAAGCCUUUUAUCUGCUCCCAGUGUGGAAAAUGUUUUUCACGGAAAUAUCAUCUGAAAAGUCACAUGAGAAUUCACUCUUGAGAAAACCCGUUCAUCUGCUCCCAGUGUGGAAAAUGCUUUUCACAUUAAUAUUGCCUGAUUAGUCACAUGAGAAUUCAUACUUUCAUCUGCUCAGUUUUUUAAACCAUGUGAAUUAACACCAAACAAUGAAACAAUGAAAAUAUUUUUUAGUUGCCCAAUCUCAUAAGUUAUAUCAGCAAUGGAUGCCAGUGAUUUCUAUGUGUUGUGUGUGUUCAUCUCAUCUUCAUCCCCAAACACUCCUUCAAAAGUCAAUUAAACAAGUACUAUA